UCUUACAAUGGCAGUCUGUUAUUGCAAGUGCAUUAGCUGGACCGAAACUGCUGGACUAUAUUAAAAGUCAUUCAGUAAGUUAUGAUUGUCCAGAUGUUGAUAUAACUGAGAGAGAAGGCGUGAUUACUAGUCCAUUUUAUCCUAGGAUUUAUCAAAAUUCCUUAUCAUGUAGUUGGCACAUACAUGGUAAUAUUGGUGAUGUGAUAUCUAUAAGAUUCGAGGAUAUAGACAUUGAAGAAAGCUGUUGCUGUGAAACCUCACCAUGUUGCCUUUAUAAUUGGCUGAAAAUUGAUUUUUCAAGCAAUGUAACUGAGCAUCAAAUCUGUGGGAAAGAUCGACAUUAUUACAGCAAUACUAUAAUAUCAAAUUCUCAUAAAUUAUGGAUUAAGUUUCAUGUUUUCUAUUUGGUUAGAGGUGGAAGAGGAUUUAAACUUCAUUAUAAAAUAAUUCCCAAAGCUCUCAUUGAAUGUAAAACUAAUGAAUUUAGGUGUGAAAAUAAUAAAUGUAUACUUGAAAGUAUGAAAUGCAAUGGAAUUUCAGAUUGUGAAGAUGGCUCUGAUGAAAAAUUCUGUUUAAAUAAAUGUUUAUCUGGUCGAUCCUGUCGCUCAAUGCGUCAGUGCUAUGAUAGUUCAAAACACUGUGAUGGUGUGGCUGACUGUGCUGAUUUCAGUGAUGAAACUGACUGUGGAUUUUGCCCCACUAAUCUCACCAGAUGUGGUCUUAAUUCAACUCAGUGCUACAAUCCUCUUACACAAAGAUGUGACAGGAUAUUUCAUUGCCUUAAUGGAGAAGAUGAGAAAGAUUGUUAUGAUCUUUGUCCUGGAAAAAUCAUGUGUGAUUCAAGAAGGGGUUGUUAUCCCAUGAAACACCGAUGCAACGGAGUUGCUCAUUGUGAGGAUGCAUCUGAUGAGAGGAACUGUGUUCCAGAAUUAUGCAACUAUGAACAUGGAGGGUUUUUAUGUGACAAUGGUCGAUGCAUACAGGAAGUUUGGACCUGUGACAGAACUGAUGAUUGUGGAGAUGGAUCAGACGAAAAAAGUUGCCUGAGAAACAGUGUUUUAACAGCUGCAGUAAUGGGAUCAUUAAUAUGUGCUCUUUUACUUGUUAUUGCUAUAAGCUGUACUUGUCGCUUACAUGCUCUUCGUAUCCUUGAAAGCAGACUGAUGUCUCGUGAGACACCUCUUUCCCGCCUUACCAGAGAGUUCUAUUUUAGAGAACCCCCACCAUCCUAUGCUGUUGCAGUUGCAGGUCAACAGCGUCGCAACUUGUGUGUCGAGAACGUGCAUUAUGGAACUCCUGUUCGCCCUAAUCGUAGAAGAAGUCGACGUUCUCGUAGUAGCAGAAGUCCUGCUCCUCCCCCACCCCCACCCCCUGCUUCACGAAGCCAUGUGUUUGUCGGACCUGAUGGUAGUAUGUCUGUUCAUUCUGCUCCACCAGAAUCAUCUCUCACACAGACACAUAGCUCUUCAUCCACUGUGAGCACUCCUGAGAACAGUGUGCAAGCUCAAGUGCCUGCUGACAAUAAAACUGAGAGAGAAUUGCCAAACUCUGUGCAAAAAUUGAGUCUGCUAGGCGAAGAAAUGAAUGAGAGUAAAGGUGUUGUUCAAGAAACAAGUGACAGCAAUGUGAAUAGACUAGACUCUGAUUCUACAAUGCUGAAUCUUGAAGACUUUGGUGGGAGGUCUAAUGAGACUGUAAUUCAGGCUUCUGAGGGAAGUACUGAUGCAUAUUAUUGUGAUAGCGACAGUGAACCUCUGGUCGCCUAGAUAGUAUUUGGUUUUGAAAAAUUUUGCAUUUUUAUCCAUGUCUGACUUAACAAUUGUUGCAAAACAUUACAAACUAUAAGUGAUCAUUACUUAAAGAAUUUUUCAUACAGUUGAAUCUGCAUAUUAUUUCUUUUUCUUUCUUUUUUUACUUCCAAAUAUACAUGCAAAUGCUUACAGAUAACCUAGAUGUUUUUCUACUUCUGAACCAACUUCAGUUUCAUAUUUAGUUAUACUAGAAGUACCUCACUUUCCACGAGUAAGUCUACAAGUAAGUUUGCUUCAUAGGAGGAAUGAUUGCAGUGUGAAAAUAAUUAAACUUUCUUUUGUAUCUCUGUUUACUAAAAUAUGUGUAACAGAAUACUCUACCAAACUGCACAAGUUACAUGGGUGUUGGAAUGACUAGCAAAAUUACAUCAAAAAUCCAAUUAUUUUGAAAAUUUCAUUAGUAUCUUCGAAUAAAAUUAUAAAUUUAACUGCUGCUGAAUACACUCUUUUUUUUUUUUUUUUUGUUAUGUGAUGUGUUUUCAUUUGAACAUGUUGUUUACUUAAAUAGUUUAUGGCUUUUAUACACACAAUUUACAUGCUACUGUUUUAUCCUUCGUGUAUACACUUCAUUCAACUGUGUGCAUUCAUGUACCUGUAUAAAUAUAUAGUUAUGUUAAAAACUGAUAUUUAAGCAAUAUAUGAGGCUGUAUAUUUACUCUAUUACUUAGAGCGUUAAAAAUUAUGAUCUGAUACUAACUUCAAAAAUCUGAUUUAACUUUUUGAAACAAAUGUGCCUAAGUUUUGCCUUAUAAAAAUAAACUGUGCCUUUUCUUCAGAAUACUUAAACAUGUCUUUGUUAUUUACAGGGUUGCCCUUUCUACUAAGUGAAAUUCAAUGGUUAAAACUGUGAGAGAUGUGAACUUGAUCCUUAAAAUAACCCUUAAAACAUUUUUUCCUGUUUUUAUCUGCCCCUCUUUUAGCAAUAACUCAUUACAAAAAUUAGUUCGAACAAAGAAAGUGGGGUUUUAGGAGUAACUAAUGCAAGCGAACCCUCUGCUUGCACAUAUGAGGGUAUUACGGAUUUCAUUCCUGGAAAGGAGUGAGGAACUCUUCUUUCCUGCAUUAACUUCUUGGCCAUCUUCAACAAUUAACAGCUUAGAUUCAGGUAAAAGACCCAGCUUGUGGAGACCCUCUGCCCCCCCCUCCCCACUAUAAGUCUGGACUUAAAGCCAUAUUGGCAAUCCUAGUAAUGUAAUAUAUGCAUGUAUGGACAGUUGUGCCCAAAAAUCAGCCUAAGAGAAAAUUCUGGCUUGUUAUGAUCAAUUUGGCUGUGCUAGUUCUCAUUACUUUAGUAUCAAGGGUCUAUUGAAGAUUGAAUGGGAAAUACGAAGGUAUUUCUUAAACUAUGUGUAGUUUCUUUAUUUUU